AUGGAAGGCAGCUGGUCGGCAGUACACGCGUCUCUUGGACCUCCAGCCAAACCAAAUUCUAUUUUCAGGUGCAGCCUGCACACUGACCUGGCCCUGGCGCCAGUUCCUGCGGCUGACCUGGCCCUGGCACCAGUCCCUGCGGCUGACCUAGCCCUGGCGCCAGUCACUGCCGCUGACCGGGCCCUGGCGCCAGUCACUGCCGCUGACCGGGCCCUGGCGCCAGUCCCUGCGGCUGACCUGGCGCCAGUCCCUGCGGCUGACCUGGCGCCAGUCCCUGCGGCUGACCUGGCGCCAGUCCCUGCGGCUGAUCUGGCCCUGGCGCCAGUCCCUGCGGCUGACCUGGCCCUGGCGCCAGUCCCUGCGGCUGACCUGGCCCUGGCGCCAGUCCCUGCGGCUGACCUGGCGCCAGUCCCUGCGGCUGACCUGGCGCCAGUCCCUGCGGCUGACCGGGCCCUGGCGCCAGUCCCUGCGGCUGACCUGGCCCUGGCGCCAGUCCCUGCGGCUGACCUGGCCCUGGCGCCAGUCCCUGCGGCUGACCUGGCCCUGGCGCCAGUCCCUGCGGCUGACCUGGCCCUGGCGCCAGUCCCUGCGGCUGACCUGGCCCUGGCGCCAGUCCCUGAGGCUGACCUGGCCCUGGCGCCAGUCCCUGAGGCUGACCGGGCCCUGGCGCCAGUCCCUGAGGCUGACCGGGCCCUGGCGCCAGUCCCUGAGGCUGACCUGGCGCCAGUCCCUGCGGCUGACCUGGCCCUGGCGCCAGUCCCUGCGGCUGACCUGGCCCUGGCGCCAGUCCCUGCGGCUGACCUGGCCCUGGCGCCAGUCCCUGCGGCUGACCUGGCCCUGGCGCCAGUCCCUGCGGCUGACCUGGCCCUGGCGCCAGUCCUGCCGUAG